GAUCAUCACGGACGGAGAGUCGGACAAGAUCACGACCAUCCGCUCGAUCUGAGCCUCUAAUCCUGCACGAAAAUCAACGGUUUUCUGCGUUACACACAGAGGUUAAUAGAGUAGGAUAUAAGUCAACGUUUCAGUGUUAAUUUUAGGAUACGAAAAGUAAACAGAACACCGCAACUGUCGACCAAAGGACGAGAAGAUGUCUGGAAAAGACAGGAUCGACAUAUUCCCCUCCAGAAUGGCUCAGACCAUCAUGAAGGCUCGGCUGAAAGGGGCUCAGACCGGCCGCAACCUGCUCAAGAAGAAAUCUGACGCCCUCUCCAUGCGCUUCCGCCAGAUCCUCCGCAAAAUUAUCGAAACGAAGACUAAGAUGGGAGAGGUGAUGAGAGAGGCGGCGUUCUCUUUGGCUGAAGCCAAAUUCACAGCUGGAGACUUCAGCACAACAGUAAUCCAGAAUGUCAAUAAAGCCCAAGUGAAGGUGCGAGCCAAGAAAGACAAUGUGGCAGGUGUCACCCUUCCAGUUUUUGAGCACUACCAAGAAGGCGGGGACAGUUAUGAGCUGACUGGUCUGGCCAGAGGAGGGGAGCAGCUCUCCAGGUUGAAGAGGAACUACGCCAGAGCUGUUGAGCUGCUGGUGGAGUUGGCCUCCUUACAGACAUCCUUUGUCACUCUGGAUGAAGCCAUAAAGAUUACCAACCGCCGUGUGAACGCUAUCGAGCACGUGAUUAUUCCCCGGAUUGAUCGAACCCUGACCUACAUCAUCACAGAGCUGGAUGAGAGGGAACGAGAGGAGUUCUACAGGCUGAAGAAGAUCCAAGAGAAGAAGAAGCAGCUCAGGGAAAGGACAGAACUGGAGAUUGCGGCGCGCCUGGCUCUGCUGGGUCCCAUCGCUGAGCCCACCAACAUGCUGACGGAGGAGACGGAUGAAGACCUGCUGUUUGAGUGAAGCAUUUAACGGCAGUCGCAGAUUUCACCCCUCAUCCUAUUUAUUCUGUGCCUCUCAGGCCACGUCUAUGUCUUCUCAUGCAAGUGAUGAAAGUUGUUUUGUGUGUACGUGUCUGUGAUGAUUUGUUCUGUUGUUUCAGUGCUGGAAGGCGCUGUGUGUUUGCAGAUCUCUCAGUGUAUGGAGCCAGCGUGUCGUCACACUUGGCUGUUACCCACAAAGGAGUCAGUUAAUCUAAAUAAUAAAAAUAUUACGAUGUUUUCACAGGGUUUGCGAGUGAAUUUAAAGAAGCAUUCCGUGUGUUUCUGCACAACAUUUAGAGCCGUUGCAUGCUGUAAAGCUUAGGGUGGUUGUAGAUAUCAGAGUGCGUGAGUCUUGUGUUGUGGAGGCCCGUCCCGCUGCUGACCUCAUAUCACGGGGUUGUUGUUACCUCAUUUUGAGGAUGUUUACCAUUUCACCAGAAACCCCUUAUUAAACCCUGCUGUACAACUUGGUGUGCAAGUCACCAAAGCCCCACAAUUCAUCCAAAUAAAGAUG